GGAAACACUCUCUCGACUGGAGAUUAUCGAUAAACACUGUAAUUCCGUUUCUGUUUCACAACCAUGUUCGGAACUCCGGCGUCUUCGCCGGCGUUCGGCACUCCCUCGACGCCAUCGUUCGCUCCCGCUUUUGGCUCUUCCUCCUCAUCCUCCCCUCUGUUCUCUACUCCUUUUCCCCAGCAGCCACAGACGCAGCAGCAACAGUCGCCAUUUUUUCAGCAACCGAGCACUGGUUUCGGCUUUCAGUCUCCUUUUGCGGCACCUCAAUCCACUCCGUUUCCCCAAUCAACUCCCUUCUCCCUUGCCAAUGCCCAAUUGACUACUCAAAUGGCGCCUGUCGCUCCUCUCCCUUUCUCCCUUGCCGAUCGUGACAUACAGGCGAUCGUUGAUGCCUACAAAGAGGAGCCUGGUAACCCUAAGUACGCUUUUAAGCAUUUGUUGUUCAGUGUGACUGAUCCGUCUGCUAGAACCAAGCCUGCUGGCAUAUCAGACAUCAUGUGGGCGGAGGCUAUGAGGAAGCUGGAAGGUAUGGAAAGUGUUGAUCGAGAAAGACUUUGGCCUCAGCUUGUUCAGGGGUUCAAAGAUCUUUCCCAGCGGCUUAAGCUUCAAGAUGAGGUCAUAGUUUCUGAUGCUGAGAGAUUGCGAAUGACUCAAAGCAAUGUGAAGACGCUUCAAAGGCAUUUUCAAGCAGAUACUAUUCCAUGGAUCCAAAGAAUGAGACAGAAAGAGCAAGAUCUUCAAAGGCGACUCUUAAGGGUUAUGAGAAUAGUGGAGGCCUUGGAGGGAAAGGGUUGUCGAGUGCCUUUAAUGAAAUCUGAAGCUGAAUUAGCUGAGAAGUUGGUUCCACUAGCUAGACAGCUAAAAGGACCAGGAGCAGAACUGUCUAGGAGGGUUCACAAUCUGCUUUCUAUGUCUCGUGUCCGUGCGAAUGCAAUUGGUGGUGGUUCUGUUUACCUUCCUGGUUCAACCAAAAUACAUGAACAGAGCCUUGCUGAUAUGCAGGAGGUCUUACAACAGCAAACAGUGGCAAUCGCAAGGCUUGGCAAUGUAUUGAAGCGCGAUAGCAGAGACAUGGAGAUCAUCAUGGCUGAGGACUCAGGAAUGGCUGAAGAGGGAAGCAAAAAAGAUUUCCAGAUCUAACAUAACACACAAAUUUGGCAUAGAGAAGCACUUUUGCUACUGAGAAAGUGAACGAUUUUGAUGUAUGAUUUUAUAUGGUGGAAAUGAUGGUUGCUCAUGUUGGCCUCAGAAAUCUGGCUGAUUUCAAUACACACAUGAUAGAGUUGCCCUACUAACCACAACUGGUUCCUGUUUUCUGAAACAUCUGGAUUUGGUACUUCUCACC